UUGAAUUUUUUAAAAAAAGUUACGUCAUUUUUGAAUAUUGACUGAUUGUUUUCUGACCUCGUUAUUUUGGUUUUCGAACGCGCCAGAAUCUAUUCAAUUGAAUGAAGGAAAAAAUAUUCUAUAUAGCAUGGAGCCCAUCAUUUCAGUAUGAAUGUCGAUUCGAUUUUUGUUUUUUGUUUUUUGGGACAAUCCGCAACUUGCAAUAUUCUUCUGAUUUUGAAGAACAGUCCAAAUUCUGCAUUUUCUAUGAUCUCUCUCGUUGUGUGUGUGUCUUUGUCGAUUGAUAAUUUAUGAUGAGUGAAAAUAGUAUGUGUGUGUGUAUUUCAUCAACAGAAACAAAUCAACGUAUUCAAAAGUCAUAAAGUUGAAUUAAGAAUUUCUUGUUAUACUCUUUCAAUCAUUAAAAUUCAACAUUGACAGAAAAUUAAUCUGUUUUUUUGAUUGUUUUGAUUGGUCAAUGAAUUAAUGUCAAAAAAAAAGAUUGCAAUAUUGCUCUAUUCGUCUUUUCAUCAUCAAUUGCUUUGUAUAUGUAGUUGUAGUAAUUUCUAAUCAUAAAUGAAAUUGAGUAAAUUUCUCUUGUCAUCAUGUAUGCAAUAAUGUAAUUUGUCGUUUUCCUAUCAAUCGAAUCGAAUGGGCAUAUCCGAUCAAAUCAUCAUCAAACUUAUUAAUUUGUACAGCCAAAUCUCGAAACUUUAUUUAAAACAUAAACAAAUAAUAUAGUUGCAUGCUGUAUAUACAAAGACAUCAUCAACGAGAGAAAACAUCGACAUACUUUUCGCUUAUUCACACUAUUUUUCAACCAUCCACCAAAUUCUUGGCAAAUAUAUCAACCAAGAAAAUUCUGCUCUGAUUCUUUAAUGAAAAAAAAAUUUUUUCCAACGAAAUUCAUUUGACUGUGUCGUAAUAAAAAAAAUCAUUAAAAAAUUCAAGAAUUCACCAUUCUUUUAUCGAAUUAUAUAGCUCAUCCAUUUCCUCACUCAAUCAUGUUCGAUACUAUCGAUGAUAUUGAAAUCAACGAAAAGGCCCUUUUUAAAGGUGUUCGUGUAUCAAAAUAUCGUCAUGUUUAUGGAAUGGUUGCCAGAAAAGAUCAAUGUUAUGAUAAUGUACAGAUAACGAAAAAUGCACAUGAUAGCAAUUUUUGUGCAGCUAAUCCAAAGUUUUUGGCAAUCGUGACUGAAUCGUGUGGUGGUGGAAGCUUCAUCAUCAUACCUAUCGAUAAAGCUGGACGUAUUGAUUCACAUGCAGGACGUGUAACCGGUCAUCGUGGUCAAAUCUAUGAUAUUAAAUGGAAUCCAUUCAACGAUAAUGUUAUUGCAUCAUGUUCGGAUGAUACGACAAUCAAACUUUGGUAUAUACCGGAUGAAGGUCUACUUAGCCGUAAUAUGCAACAACCUAUUAUUGAAUUGAGAGGUCAUAAACGUCGAGUAAAUUUUAUUGAAUGGCAUCCAACAGCUGAUAAUAUACUUGUAUCGGCUGGUUCGGAUCAUUUGAUGAUCGUAUGGAAUACAUUGACUGCUGAUGUUUGUCGUGUAAUCACCUGUCAUACUGAAACCAUUCAUUCAAUGUCAUUCAAUCGUGAUGGAAGUCUAAUAGCAACGACAAGCAAAGAUAAAAAAUUGCGAAUCAUCGACCCAAGAUCCACACAAGUUGUUAAUGAAGGUCUUUGUCAUCAUGGAACCAAAGCAUCGAAAGUUGUUUAUUUGGGCGAUUCACAACGAUUAUUCACCGUCGGUUUCUCUCGCUACAGUGAUCGUCAAUGGGCUGUUUGGUCGGAACGUGAUCUAACUUCACCGCUUACAAUCGAAAAUAUUGAUUCAUCAUCUGGUGUUUUAUUUCCCUAUUAUGAUCAUGAUACACGUAUGGUUUAUGUAGCCGGUAAAGGUGAUGGCAAUAUUCGAUAUUAUGAAACUACCGAUGAACAUCCCUAUUGUCAUUAUCUUUCACAAUUUUUAUCCGGAUUUCCACAACGUAGUCUUGGAAUGAUGCCUAAACGUGGAUGUGAUGUUUACAAAUGUGAAAUUGUUCGUUUCUACAAAUUACAUGCAACCAAACAUAUUUGUGAGCCCAUUUCGAUGAUAGUACCACGGAAAUCUGAACAAUUUCAAUCAGAUGUUUUCCCUGAUACUGCUGCACCAACGCCAGCUUUGACGGCCGAUCAAUGGCUUAGUGGUCAGAAUCGUAAUCCUGUUUUGUUCAAUCUAAAGACAGGCGCAGGUGCUAAAACCAACAAACCUAUUUUUAUUCAACAAUCAUUUAAUCCGGUUAUCAAAACAGCCAUUGGUGAACGCAAAUUGGAAUUCAUAUCGAAAGCAAAUGCUGUUGAUUAUCGGGAAAAGGAUUACAUUGAUGAUAAUAAUGAUGAUGAUGAUGAAAAGCCUCAAAAGCAACAGGCUUUAUCUAAUGGUCAUAAACAGGAAAAACCACGACAGAAUGGCCAUUGUUUAAAUAACGAGCAAAGAAAAGUGAAUGGUUCAACACCGCGAAAAAGUCAUUCAAAUGAUCAUUUCGAAACGAAUGGAAAACAAAAUUUCAUUCAAUCGAAACCAAUGAAAUCUGAAUCAGCAUUGGCACAAAAUUUUCGUGAAUCAAUCACGAAAUCAUCAUCAAAUGUUCCGUUACGAUCUCGAUUACCAUGGAUCAAGGAUGAUGAUGAUCUCAAUCGAGAUGCUGAACAAUUAUCGAAACCAAUGUGUGAUAUAGUCAGUUUAAAUCAAGUCAAACAUCACCUGCCACCUGCUAUACCAAAUAUGAUCACGCUCAAAGAUGAUGAUGAUGAUGAUGAUGAUGAUGAUUAUGAUCAAGAUGAUGAUGAUGAUGAUGAUGAUGAUGAUUCGAAUGAUUCGGCAGCAGCCGAUGCAAAUACAACCGAUGAUAGCAUUGCUGAAGAAUUAGCCUUUUCUGCCACUAUAAGCCAUACAAAUAAUAGUAAUGAAAGCUUUAAUACCACCACAUCUACCACCACUGAAGGUGAAAAUAACGGAGAUCGUGUAGAUAAUAAUAUUUCACCUAUUUGCAUGAAAAUUAAUAAUAAAGAUCUCGAAGAAGAAGAAGAAGAAUUGGAUCCAAAUCCAAAAAAUGAACGAGAGCUUUGGCGAGCGUUCCAAGAACAACGUGCUAUCAUACAUAAAUUACAAUCACAAUUGAAUGAAAAAAACAAACAAAUCGAAGAACUUGAAAGUAUACUGAAAAACAUUAACAACCGAUCAAAUUGAUUAAUUGAUGACUGAAGAAAAAAUACUUGACAAUUGAUUGAUCUUUAUUUAAUUAUUUACAAUCAC